UUGUUUGCCCAAAGUCGGCUAGUCAGGACGCUAGUUCAUUAACCUUGAGAGCACAAGGGUUCAAAGAUAGUCAAACGUUCUGAGACACUGAACAAAACCUAUGACACUGUUCCUCUGGAAUCUUCUGCAGCCGAGAUGAACUGUGCGUAUUGUGUAUCUGUCCUCGCCGUCCUGCUUCCUGUAUCUCUGAGCGUGGAAAUGACGGGGUUGUUUGGCAGCUUCACUUCCCCCAACUUCCCUCGCCCAUACCCCAACAACCAUCACACAGUGUGGAACAUCUCCGUCCCAGAAAGCCACAGGGUUAAACUCUACUUCACCCACUUCAGUCUGGAACCCUCCCACCACUGUGCAUAUGAUUAUAUUCAGGUGUUUGCAGAGGCCAAUGAGACAUUGCGUUUCUGUGGCGAAGGGGAGAAAGAGUAUGUAGACGCCCCCAGUAACACAGUUAUCCUGUCGGCUGGGAACAUCAUGUCGGUAGUCUUCAGAAGUGACUACUCCAAUGAGGGGCGUUUCACUGGCUUUCAAGCAUUUUACACCUCAGAAGACAUCAAUGAGUGCCUCAGCACGGUAGAUGGGGAGUCUGUGUGUGACCAUUAUUGUCACAAUUAUGUUGGUGGUUAUUACUGCACUUGCAGGUUGGGAUACCUGCUCCAUGACAACAAAAGGUCCUGCACUGUGCCUUGCAGAGGUCAGGUGCUGACAGAGAGGUCAGGAGAGUUGACCAGCCCGGGUUAUCCCAGUCCAUACCCCACAAUGAGUCAUUGUAACUACACCAUACUCCUACCAGAGGGAUUCAGAGUGCUACUGGACUUCCAGGAACCGUUUGACGUAGAGGGCCACUCGGAUGUCCCCUGUCCAUAUGAUGUCUUGAAGAUCUUUACGGAAGGACAAGAGUACGGACCGUUCUGUGGAGCAUCUCCUCCUGGCAAGAUAGACACGGGCAGUUACCAAGUACAUGUCUCAUUCAGGUCGGACAUCUCAGGGAAAAACAAGGGAUGGAAGAUUAAGUAUACCAGCUUGGGAGUUCAAAAAGCAUAGUAGAACUUAAAUCACAUGCUAUGCCAAUGUGAUACCUUGUCUGAAAUCUUUGAUAAUCCACAUGAUAUAAAAAGGCCCAAUUCAACAAGCAAACUCCAGUGUUAAUUAAAUAACACUGUAAAGGGCUUACUGUGAAUUUUCCAGUAAUUUACAGGAAACUAUUGGCAAGUAGGUUUCCCUUUCAAAUAGAGCAUUACCCUCUAGUCAUAAUUAGAUAAGUUAACUUCCCAUCAAUCAAAACAUUGACUAUUUUUUGUUUCCAGAGUGGCAUCUUACAAAUCAGGUUUGAGGAGUUAGCAAGGUAACUUUGGCCAACUCUGAGUUCAACUUGGUAUAACCAGUCAUACGAAUGUGGCUCACCUUUUAGCCAGGUACACUUCUAUGGCAAUGAAUCCUUAACCUGCUCUGGGGCAGGCUAACUAAGGGCUAACUCCAUUUACCCUGAAUUACGUUUCUGUGCCGCAAGUUAAAGACCAAUGAAAUCAGAUUCCCUUGCUCUCGCAAAAAUAUUGUCAUCAUCACAGUCAUUGAAGAAGAUAGUAAUGACAGAAUGCAUUUGAAACUUCACACACAUUAAAACUUUUGAUUGAAAAAUAAAAUGAUUAUGAUGAAAUUAUUUUAUUGAUAGGAGUGGGGGAAAAAAGGUGCUCAUGCAUUGAUAACCACACCAAAGACGGCAUAAACAAUAGGUAAUAAAAUCCUGAGUGGAUCUAGCGUGCUUCAUAGGAAGCACGCUAGGGUUUACUGUAAUCGUGAGCAGUUCUUUAACUUACAUCCUGCAGUACUACAUUCCCCCAGUACUACAUUUAUUUUUGAAUGUUGUUUGUACUCUGGCAGAUGGUGAAAUGGUGUAUUUAUCACAUGUGCUUUCUGUUGCUUAGUUUGAUAAUUAGUAGUGUGUGUUUGUGAUUGCUGUUGGGGUUUUCAACCCCCCUAUCCCCAGGUUGUUGUUGUUGGACUAUUGUAAUCUAUUCUACUCAAUUAUAUUCUAUAAUGU